UCUAGGAACUCCUACAUACUUCAGUUAAAUGAGGACCGUCCGAUCAACAUAUUAAAACUACAUCCAACGGUCAAAUCAACCGGAGAUUUACAUAAGAAGGAGGAGAGAGAAACUGUUUCCCUCUCUUUCUCUCUCUUCCUUAUCCCUCGCCGCCAACUCUUUCACCCAACUCUCCGAUGGCCGGUCUACUCAAGACGCCGUCUUUACACCUCACACCGUCUCUUCUUCAUGCACCCUCUGUGCCCUUUAAGCCCUUCUGCGUCUCCUUCGCCGGAGGAAGGAACAUCAGCGUCUCACUCUCUCGCCGAGCUUCUCUCCGCUCCGUCUCCGGUGGAUAUCCUCUCCGGUUACUAAACUUCGCACCGUUCGCUUCUGGAGAAUCCGAGACGACGGAGACUGAGGUCGAAUCCAACGAACCCCAAGUCCAGGAGACUGAUGGUGCUGUUGGUGUUGAGAGUGAAGACACUAGCACCGAGGAAGAAGGAGAAGCGGCGGUUACCAUAGCGUUGUUAAGUUCGUAUAAAGAAGCUUUAGCAGAGAACAACGAGGAGAAGAUUGCUGAGAUAGAAGCAUCAUUGAAGUCCAUUGAAGAUGAGAAGUUUCAGCUUGAGGAUAAAGUAGCGUCUUUAACCAAUGAGCUAUCUGUGGAGAGGGAUAGGUUGAUAAGAAUCAGUGCGGAUUUCGAUAAUUUCAGGAAGAGGACAGAGAGGGAAAGGCUGAACCUUGUUUCAAAUGCUCAGGGAGAGGUUGUGGAGAAUCUUUUGGCUGUUUUGGAUAAUUUCGAGAGAGCUAAGUCUCAGAUUAAGGUGGAGACUGAGGGAGAGGAGAAAGUUACUAAUAGCUAUCAGAGCAUAUAUAAACAGUUUGUGGAGAUUUUGGGGUCGCUUGGUGUUGUCACUGUUGAGACAGUGGGGAAGCAGUUUGAUCCAAUGCUUCAUGAGGCAAUAAUGAGAGAGGAUUCUGCGGAAUAUGAAGAAGGUAUAAUACUUGAAGAAUACAGGAAAGGUUUCUUGCUAGGGGAAAGGCUUCUACGCCCUUCAAUGGUGAAAGUAUCAGCUGGACCCGGACCAGAAAAGACCCAAGAAGCUAAGGCACAAGGAAACGGAGAAGAAGCAGAAGCGGCUUCGUCUUGAAUGAACGACAAUCAAGACUUUGCAGUUUUGUGUGUGAGAGAGAGAGAGUGAGAGAGGGUUCGGUUAAGGUUAAUUAUUGUUAUUCUUGUUGUGACAUUAUAUCAUAUCUACAAAGUUAAGAGAAAAUAGAACGAGGUUUUCGAUUAACAAUGAAAAUUUUGAGUA